GACGGAACAGAAAAAGGGUUUCGUAUCGUGAGAAGAAUGGAGGAAGAGUUGCUGUCCGGCGUGCCUUGCUCUUCCCGUGCCGUCGAAUCAGUUAUCCGCGUUUCCACGGCCGGUGGAUUAUAUGGAUUUUGCGCCGGACCUCAUAACGCUCGUAAACUGGGUUUAAGCGGCGUUUCUCAGGCUUCAUAUGUCGCCAAAUCCAUCGGCAGAAUCGGCUUUCAAUGCGGUAUUGUGAGUGGUAUCUUUACGGUGACUAACUGUGCGCUUCAGAGAUAUCGAGGCAAGAGUGAUUGGGUGAAUGCUUUGGUCGGAGGAGCUGUGGCUGGAGCAGCUGUUGCUAUUCGGACUAGAAACUGGUCUCACGUUGUUACCACCGCUGGACUCGUGUCUAUUUUCAGUGUUUUGGCCAAUUCCACCAGGACUGAUCUGAAACAACAACAACAACAACACUAAGGUCUUCGACAAGUCCAUUCAAGAAGACAUUGUCUCUUGGAAUUGGAACGUGGCAGAUUAAUACCCAACUAUCUGGUUCACACACAAAUUUAGUUCGCUGAACCAGUGGAUGGUCGGUUCUCUAAAGACCACAAUUUUGGUUUUUUUGUCUUUGUAAUAAUAAUCGCUAAAAAGAAUGUGAAACACACCAAAAAACAGAGUCCGUCGAACCCAAAACAUCAUUUGCAAAUCAAACAUCAAAACUGAUACUAGGAAGUCGAAUGAAGCUUUAUGUAAAAAAUUCAAG